UAAAACUAUGUUUGGUGAAUUUUUAGUUUUCGUCUAAUUAUUUUUUCUGUCUUAGAAAUGCAUAGGAUAGAAUGUGUGUUAGUGGAAAGUGAAUAACUUACUUAUUUGAGAUAAAAUCGCUGCACAAUACAAACUUUCUAACAGUAAUGUUGUAAAUUGCGUUGAAAACAAUGGACAAAUCUAACACUGAAUCAUUGCGCAGCAUGGCUCCUCAUUGGAGCCUUGCUGGAGACAAACAGCUUCUUAACAUCUUACAAGAUAUUCACCAGAAAAUAAUGACCCAUUGUCAAGAAACAAAUACAAAAUUGGAGGAAAUGGCAAAUGUUCUGGAUGGUGCCAAUAUCGAUAUGCAGAAUGUCAACAACAAGUUCAUGGCCCUGAGCAAUAGUCAAUUUAUUGAAAGUAGAGUUUAUGAAGAUGAUAUUAUUGUUACUAACGAAGAUAUCAGAAAUAAGCCUGUACCUCCAAAGGAUCCAGAGACGGAACUGAUGAAAUUAAAACAGAGUCUCAAGACUCUGGAGUCAAUGCACGAGUGUGUCAGAAUACUGAACAGCGAAAGUGACUCCGAUUCAGAUGAUGAUGAUGGCAGAAUGGUAUUCAGACCUAAGGAUCUGUACGCUCAGCGACCAUUACCUCAUAUCAUAGGAUCUCAGGCAUGGAAGAGGAAAUGGCAUGCUGGUCUCAUACCAGAAGACAGUGAUAGCGAAAGUUCAACAUCGAAGGCGGCCGAGGCUGAACCAGACCAGUACUCGCAGUCAGAAUCUGAGGAAUCAGACAUACAAACGGACAGACUGAAUAUACCACAGAGAACGAUAUCAUCGAGCAGCUCUAUGGUGGAGUCUGAGCCAAGCGCGCCGCCGCCGGCUGUCAGUCAGGCGCACAUCGCUGCUGAGUUAGCACGAAAAUUAGCCGGAAAUUUGCCUGAGAUUCCAGUGAGAACGCCGGAACCAGAAAUAAAACCACAACCAGUUCCAGCACCCGUUUAUAAACCACAAAAACCUCCAACUUCUACAAUAUUCUUCGACGAACCACCACCUCUGGAUGACACAUACCAAUCAGAAGGAGAGGAUUACAACGACGAAGACGAUGAUAUAUUUGCUGAGUUGCACCAAAAUAAACCAACUGUUAGUACAAAUAAAGACCAAAGUCGUUUGAACGAAGAUUUGUUUGGUGGCCUAAACAAUUCUAGUAGUACUGUUGAUGAUUUAUUCAAGUCUGGACAAAAAGAAACUAUUAAACCAAACUAUGAGGAAACUACUGAACUCUAAAUUGUCGUGGAUAAUUCUUAUUUCUUUUUACAGAAACCGAUAGGUGGAAUUUCAGUUUUUGGAUCUCUGAAAGGAACGGAAAGUAUUGGAGCUUCGAUAUUAAAACGUAAUCCACGCAAAAAUUAUAGUUCAGAUGACAGUGAUGAAGAAAUGUUCAAAAGUACCCAAAAACCCAUACAUACUGGACAUACUGAACCCAUACCAACACAAGCUAAAUCCGAUAUAAAAAUAAAUAAAUCUAAAAAUGAAACACAAACAGAUAUAAUAGACAAACCAGAGACUAAUGAAAUGAAACCAGGAAAACCAGAAAGAGAUAUCUUAGACGAUCUUUUCAGCAAAAAUAAGCCUGGUCAAAUUAAAAGUAAAGAAACAAAAACCAAAACCAAACAAGAAUCAAUUACAAAAGACAAUAAAGUAGACCUUUUCAGUGACAACCUUUUCGAUGAUAUUGAUGACAUUUUUACAGAUAAUAUUAAAGUACCUAUAAAAGAGGCUGAUAAAAAUGUAAAGUCAAUAUUUGAUGAUGAUGAUGAUGGUGAUUUAUUUGCUAAUGUUACAGUUGUUAGUAAAACGACAAAUUGUUCCAAAAAUACUGUUGAUGAAGCAAAAGAUUUAUUUGAUAGCGACAACGAUGACUUGUUUUCAGAUAUUCCUAUAAAAACGUCUAACAUAGAACCUUCUAUAAACAAAGUUGAUAAUGUAAAUAAAAUUGAUAAUAAUGCAAUUAGAGAUAAGAAAAAUGUUAUAAGUAUUUUUGAUGAGGAUAAUGAAAAUAUUUCUAAUGAUAAAGAAAGCAACAAACAAACAAAUAGUAUAGAAAGUAAGGAAUUAAAAUUAAGUGAAGAUGAUGAUAAUAACAAUCUAUUUUCUCAGAGCACCUUAACUACACUUAAAAAUGAUGUACGUAAUGAUAAUCUGGUAGAAAAUAAAUCUACAGAAAAGCUGGAAGCUGAUUAUGAAAUUAAAAAUAAAAUAAACCAGAACAGCCUUGCAAAUAGUCAUAAUGUAUUCUUGACUCCACAAACCACACAGCAAACAUCAGAACAAAGUCCAGCUUUAUUUGAUGACGAUGAAAUUGAUGAAUUAUUUACAAAUAAACAGAAAAAAGAAACGGCUGUGUUAGAGGAAGAUACCAAUCCCAUAAAUACAAAUGAUGAAAAUAAACAAACCAUAGAAGAAUUGAAUCUUCAAUUCUCAGAACCUGAAGUUACUGAAAGAAGUAAAGAUUUGGAAGAAGAAAAUGUGCAUUCCUCUUCUGAGGUAGCACCAGAUUCUCAAACUGUAAAGGAUGACUCCUUAUCUAUCAAGAAUGAUUCAGAAAUUCAUGAAAACAACUCUCAAAAUGAUCUUGAAAUUGAACGUGACAGUGACAUAUUUGCUACCAAAAUGGAAAAUACUGCUCUACCAUCACUACCCACACGACAGUCUCCCGAAUCAGACGUUUUCAAUGAUAUAUUUACCGAUGUACCACCGGACUUCGAAAAACCGAAAGAACCUAAAAAGAGUAAAAAUGUCAAUGCACUUUUUGAUGAUGAUUCCGAUGACGAAGCUUUAUUUUUCAAAAAAGAUGAUGUAAUAUCCGACGAAAAACCUGACGUUAGUUCUACUGUUAAAGGUGAUAAUUUGUUCAGGAUAUUUAGUGAUGAACCUCCGGCUAUCGAUAUAGAUUUUCCGCCAGAAAUUACAAAUGAAAUCAGUGAACCAGAGUUGCCAAAGCAAGUUUUACCCGAAGAUCUUGAUGAAUUGAGCAACCAACAACCGAUUAUUAAUGAUGAAAAUCAAAGAAAUGACUUCAAAGAGAAAGAAAUCAAUGAAAAAGUUAAUAAUGAUAUUGACGAUAGUAAAAAAUCUAUUGGAAAACUCAAACCUAUGAAUCUAAAUAUAAAUGUUAAUACAUUAUUACCUGGUGCUUCUCCAAAGAAGUCUAAACCUAUCGAAGAACCUGAUGGACUAGUUGUAUCCAUCCCAGAUAAACAAACCAAUACAGAAGAAACAGUGUCAACGCUUGUGAAAUCUGUCAGUUUCGAAGGUGACGCGGAUUCAGAGCUUCUUAACAAUAAACUGUCUAAAGAACGAGCUAAAAUUCAAGUGAAAAGACGUCCAUCAACAAGAAGAGCAAGGCGAGAGGCUGUUAAGAAAUCCGGCAUCGACUUCGGCAGUACAGAUUCAACGGAUAACUCAAGUUCAAUUGACAGUCCAAAAAGUACAACUAAAACAGUUGAUAUUCCAAAGGAAACUCUUGAAAAAAGUACAGAAAAAGAUGUUAAAUCUAAAGUUGUAUAUAUUUUAAACGACGAAGAUAUAUUUACGAACAUUAAGACGGAUAAAAAUGACAGUGAUAAUGCAAAAAUUCAAACUUCCAAUGAAAAUUUGCAAGUUCCUGUGAAGAAUACCACUGUUAUUUCUAAUGAUGACGACGACAUAUUUAAACAAAUUAAGUCUACUAAAGUAGAAAGCAAUUCUGCUAAAUCUUUAAAUAAAACAGAAAACCAACAACAGAAAAUCGAAAAAGAAAGUAUAAAUACAUCAAUAAAAAGCGAAAACAACCCACAAAAAACAACAAAAAGUAAAGCAUCUAUUUUUGAUGAUAUGAGUGAUGAGGAAACUGAAUUAUUUUGUAAUAAAAAACCAAUUGUUACGAAUACUAAAAAUAUAUUUGGAACUGAUAGUGACGAAGAACUUUUUGGGAACAAUAGCAAGAAAUCUGUAGAAACUAUAGUAGAAAAAAAGCCUAAUAUAAAGGUUGAUGUAAAGAAAUCGCUAUUUGAUGACGAUAGCGGAGAUGACCUCUUUGGUGGUGGAAAGAGUACAGGAAAAAGCAUAUCAAUAAAAACUAAAGAAAUUAAACCAACGAAAACAGAAGCAGUAAAUGAAGAUCCUUUGUCUUUGUUUUCUGAUGACGAUUAACAUCUGCUUAGAAUUUUACAUUCAUAGAUGUGCCCGAACAAAUUAAAUAGUCAACACUUUCACUGCUGCCGAUGUGUAGCAAGUUCGUUUUAAUAAUAAAACGUGGUGUAAAAGGUGUUAACGAAGUGUUAUAAAUCUUCAAAUAUCUUGACGGCUCAAGGACUCAAUGUUCCGAGCCGCUAAGAUGUUUGAAAAAUAUUAUACAGUUGUGUUUACUACUUAAGCGAAUUAAUGCAGGCAAUUUAAUAGUG